AUGGAGCUGCCUCCCAGACCUGUUUUGCAAACGGGCACAGGAAGAAGAGAUGAAGUUCUGUUUCUGCUGAUUUUUCAUUCGCCGAUUCCCCCUCUCUCUCUUUCUCUGUCUCGUCUAACUGAGUCUGUGGAUCCGAAACGUGUUAACUUUCAUGGCAACCAAGGGUCUUCCUUUACCGUGGGUUCUUGUCAGAGGAAGAGUGUGAUCAUCUGCGGUCCCAUCAAGGUAAGAAGUUACAGUUUGGAGAAGUCAGGCAACAAGUUGGAUUAUUUUGGAGAAGAAUCUAGCUCUGUGUCGCAUGAAUCUUUGUUAGCAACCGUCAUUCUCUACGUCUCAAACAUAACUGAAGGCGGAGAGCUUCUCUUUCCAGACUCAGAGGUGAAACUCAAAAGGAGUUGGUCAGACUGCUCAGAGCGUGGUAACAUCUUAAGAUCGGUAAAAAGAAUCGCAGUUUUGUUCUUCACCAGACACUUGAAUGCGACUUUGGACCAGACAAGCACUCAUAUUAGAUGCCCUGUCCUGAAUGGGGAGCUGCUGGUGGCAACUAAACUGAUAUACGCUAAGAAACAAGCAAGAAAAGAUGAUGAGGAAGAGAGUGGUGAAAGUAUUGCACUUAAAUUUUUUAAUAACCCUAAAUUAAGAGACUUCCAUUGGAUCACGUAAAUUUUCGGGUCUCUUAAUCCAAUCUCUUAAUUCA